AGCUGCUUCCGGGAAAUACGAACACUUUCACCAUUGUUGAUCAAAAACUUGAGCCACCAGUGAUUGCAAUGAAGUUUCGCUUUUUACCUUACAGUGAUCAUGUGCGGACAGUGUGCAUGAGGGUCGAACUAAUCGGCUGCCAAUGGACAGAUGGACUAGUAAGUUACAGCAUGCCACAAGGUGUCAAACGUGGCAUAGAUAUGGAUUUAACAGAUCGCACCUACGAUGGCAGAGACGACAAUGGUCAGCUGUCCAAUGGUCUAGGACAACUGGUCGAUGGCCAAAAAGGACGGGACAACUUUAAACUGGAUAUAGCCGGUAAUGGAAAAGGUUACGAGUGGGUCGGCUGGCGAAAUGACACACCUGGAUGGGCCGGCCAUCCUCUGGAGAUACUCUUCCAAUUCGACAAGGUUCGAAAUUUCUCCGCAGCCCAUCUGCAUACCAACAAUCUCUUCACCAAGGACGUUCAAGUGUUUUCCCAUGCAAGAGCCUUCUUUAGCUUCAAUGGCAACAUUUUUAAUGGAGAGCCUGUCCAUUUUUCCUACAUGCCAGAUUUGGUUUUGGAGCAUGCCAGAAAUGUUACCAUCAAACUUCAUAAUAGGAUUGGAAAAUUUCUUAAGCUACAUCUGUACUUUGCUUCCAGAUGGAUACUUAUCAGUGAAAUAUCAUUUGACUCAGUUGGGGUCACCGGUAACUUCACGGAAGCGGAAGAGGACGCAGCUCAACCGGAAGCGGGCAGCAAAGAGUACCCGCUGCAAAGAGACGAGGUGAAAUACGUUGCUAAACCGAGCAACAACUUAUCCCCGUCGUUGACGAACCUCGGUCCCGCCACCGAAACCAAAAACGGAUCGAAUGAAGAAGAUUCGAAAUACUACAUCGGCCUCGUUAUCGGAUGCCUGACGGUCGUGAUAUUGAUCCUGGUGGCCGCGAUUGUGUUUAUUGUUUUUCGAAAUCAAAGGAUCAAGAACGGCGGUGAGCUGCACGACGAAGAAGGCCUGGGCCGGCCGCCCUCGAUAAGGCACGACAUAAAGAGAAACGGGACAGAUGAAAAGAUUAUGUUGGAUGCAGACAAGUCCGUGCUCUACGUGGAAUCCUUCAGGCCGCCCAGUUUGCUGAGCCAGCCUCAGAUUGCUAGAUGUGAGCCGGAUUAUUCAGAAGUUCCAGACCUUGUUUGUCAAGAGUACACGAGUCCACAGCACAUCAGCAAUAUAAACAACAGCACCAGUGGCGUAAGUUUGGGUGCAGCCAUGCGCCAGUGCCGUUCGUAUUCGCAAUCUUUGCGUUCGAAACCUCAGUUGUUGGAGUUCUUACCGCGGCCGCCGCCAGUGCCGCCUCCGCCGGAAGCCUACAGCUACAAGCGCGGCGGCGGAAUUUCGGCGUCACUUCCUGUAACGCCUACACUUGUACAAGGAAUGAACAGGUCGAUUGUAAACUCCCAUUACAUGCUAACAAUGCCUCACCAAGACGUCUACCAUCACCGAGAAGACGAACCCCCCAUACCAGAAUUUCCACGGGAGGACCUCCGCUUCAUCGAAAAACUGGGCGAAGGUCAUUUCGGCGACCUGCACCUCUGCGAAGUCGACUCCAUAGCCACCUCGAUGAGUGAGUGUCGGUUCGUGCUAGUGUACACGCUAACCUCAAAAGAUGUAACCUCGCAGUUGCUGGGCGACGAGUUCGUGGAGGAGGUUCGAACGCUUUGGAGGUUGAGAGACGCGAACGUGUCGCGAGUGCUGGGCGCCAGUUUUUUGGGGGGCGAGCGGAUUUUAGUGCGCGAGUACUCGCCCUCGGGCGAUUUGUGCCAAUUUUUGCAGGAUCACGUCGCGGAGACGGCAACACCGCUAGCUCCGACGGCCAGCACCUUAAGCUACGGAUGCCUUAUUUACAUGGCCACCCAGAUAGCCUCUGGCAUGAAAUACUUGGAAUCGCUUAAAUACGUACACAAGGACCUUGCAGCGCGGAACUGCUUAGUCGGGAGAAGAUACGACAUCAAAGUGUCCGAUCUCGGAGCCUAUAGACAGAUGUACAGUGGGGAUUACUUCGAAAUUGCCGGGUCCCAGCCUUUGCCGAUCAGAUGGAUGGCAUGGGAAAGUGUCAUUUUAGGGAAAUUCAGCAGCAAGAGUGACGUAUGGUCGUAUGCUGUCUUGCUGUGGGAAAUAUUGACUUUUGCUCGCGAGCAGCCUUUCGAAGAGUUCAACGACGAUAAAAUUAUAGAAAAUGUCACUCAUUUUUGCCAGAACGACGGAGAACACGUUAUGUUGGACUGUCCGCACAACUGCCCCAAAGAGAUCUUCGAUCUGCUGUACGAGUGCUGGCAGCGCAACGAAAUCGACAGGCCGAACUUCCGCGAGAUUCACUUGUUUUUGCAACGGAAAAACCUGGGCUACAACCCAGACCUGCACUGA